AUGCCCGAUGCAAAAUUGCUCGCAGAUAGAGUUGUUGUUGGCUCUCAGGCUCUCAACAUCCUCCGGCGCAUCAAGGUGCUUGAGACCUUCCGCACUGCUUGCAUAGGAGAUGCCCUACUGUUGGAGCGGAGGCCAGACAUUUCGGAGCAAUACAACCGGCUUAUGACGAAGUCUGCAAUGGCAGUCACGUAUCUUGUGCAAAAGGGGACAAAAAGCAUGAUGCCGGAAAUUCGUGGACGGGAGAGGGUGGCGUUGGGUUGUUGCAGCAUGCGGCUUGAGGGGGAAAAGCUACUUCAGCUAUGCUUGUUUGAGUGA